AUGAAGACUGGCCCUUCCACCGGAAAUAACAGCGACAACAACAACGAUUCAAACCCGAAUCAUCCCCCAACACCCGUGUCACCUGUGGUGAACACAAAUGCUGCAGCACAACCCGUUUCAUCCGAACAACUCCAACAAGAACAGCACAGAUCGGGAAAUUCAGACCAAGAAAAGGAAACCUUUGGGCAAAAGAUGUCUCGAUUGUCCCACAACUGUUGGGAAUCUACUGGAUUAUGCUGUUUCACAGCCAAGGAACAAUCUCAGAUCGCCGCUCUCGAAUUUCAGAUUGUUCAAAGACAAAAAAAGUUUGGAGUCGAUUAUUUGACCAAGGUUCUGACAGCAAGACAACAACAACUUAAUAGUCCUGAUGCGCCUCAAGCUCCCAUUGCAGAAGCCUUGGAACGCUGUGUCACAGAAGCAGUUUCAGAUAUUGAUUUGCUUCAGGGACAGAUUGAUAGUCGAAUGGUCAAUAUCGACCAGCGAACUGUGCAAGUCAACGAACGGCUUCAGCCAGCACCUACAUCACCCCAACACACCACGGCUGCGGCCGUUCUGAUUGAUGAAGGAGUAGAAGCCACACCCGAACAUCCGCCCAACGCGCCUCCGGCAGCAGCAUUUGCCAGUGUCCCGAAUGAGGACGGCAAUAAUGCUGACAGUGGCAAAGAGAGUGGGACUUCCAGCAAUGUUGCAGCAUUGUCAAGUUCACCCGUCGCCACCACCCCUGUCACUUCACCAGACACAGCCAAGGAUACCGAAAAGGAAGCUGCAAUGUAG